AUGAAUGGACAAAUUCCCCACGUAGCUACUUCACUGGAUAUAAAUAACGGGCAAGAAGGACAAAGCAACUUAUUGUUGGAGGAUAAUACUUCUAAUAUUAACUGGAGGGAUGAACUAUCAGUAGCGGAUAGAACUCAAUUUAUUGCUCAAUUAAGUUUAGCAUUGAAACGCUUAUCACCUAAUACUUCCGAUACUGAAACCCGUGGUGUGGCUAGUAGCUUUGAGGCAGGCUUAUACCAACGCUGCAACAGCAAGAAUGAGUAUAUCAUGGCUCAUGCAAAAAAGUUUCAGCAAAUAAAGGACCAAAUCGCAAGUAAUAGUCAACAAGUUAAUUUUCUUCAACAACCUGCUUUUAAUUCCAACCAAUCUUUUGGCUCUCAAUCAUUUGUUUAUAACCGUCCUAGGCCUGUACUCUCGCAGCAACAAUUUCAAUUCUAUUUUGCUCGUCAGAUGGCUCUUCAGCAACAACAACAGCAGCAGCAACAAUAUCUACAGCAACAGUAUUCUCCAAACAUGACUUCUUAUGAACCUUUGGUAUCUACCCCUUCUCUUACUCCUUCGAGUACAGCGAGUAGUAGUGUCAACACUAUCGUGGCCAAUGGUAUGAACAGACUAGAUCAACAACAAAUGUAUGCAUUCAAUCCAAACUUGAUGCGUCCUGUUCAACAGCAAGGUAUGAUCAAUCCUGAGUUCAUGAUGCAAAACAGACCAUUCCCGCAAAAGCAGCAGCCAGAUGUUAUGCUACAGAGGCCCCCUAUGAAGUACCCAGCAGCAACAGGAGUGACACCGACAAAGAUGAGUCCUGCGGCUAUUGUAAAGCAAUUGGAUGAAACUGUGCGUAAGACUAAAGCAGUAACCGGAGCAUUCAUUGAAAAUCUGAGUGGUCAAGAUAAAGCAGUUAUAAGAGAACAGAUUCAGCAAAUGAAAGCAAUGUACGAUAAAUUGGAUCACCUAUUGCCUAUCUUUUUAUCAAGGACGGGUAAUUAUGAAGCAACAAGAAGAAUCAUUUUAAUGAAGCAUAUGCUGGAAGAUCAAGUGAAUUUGCUUCCUCAAGACAAGUACAUUAUCAAUUUGGAUAAUGUCUACAAACUAAGAGACCAGCUUAAUGGUUACUUUACUUGGAUCAGAAAUACGAUGGGUAUGGGUCAUCCUUUACAGAUGCAACAACAACAACAGCAGCAACAGCAACAGCAUAAUCAACAACAACAACAACAACAACAAUACAUACAACAAUUAACACAACAGCAAUUAACGCAACAUCAACUGUCACAACAACAGUUAACCCAACAACAGCUAACUCAACAGCAAUUGUUGCAGAGCCAUUUGUUAUUACAACAGCAACAACUACAGCUACUAUCUCAGUCGCAAUUAAUGCAGCCUCAUCUCACACAAUCACAGCUACCUCAGCCUCCUCAGUUACCUCAAGAACAACCGCAGACACAACCGCAGCAACAGCAACACCAUCAGCAGAUGUUACAGCAGUUGAUGGAUGAUAAACUAAUACAAUCAUCGCAACCACAGAGUCAGCAACCAUCUUCCUUACUGCCAUCAUAUAUGGGACAGCAACAGAUAAAUAAUAGCAGUAACACUAUGGUCCCUAUGCCUGAAACAUCAGUAGCACCAUCAACGUCACCGAUGACUAUGAAGAGAAACAGCAUUGAUUUAAAGCUACCUCCUUCGAAGAAGCAACGUGGAGCUAAAUCCAGUACUUCUUCACCCGUUAUGAAUCGAAAGAAUGAUUCUGCACCUUCUUUAGUACAAUCUCAACUGCCCAAUUCCCAAAAUCAAAUGCAACAACAACAUCAGCAACAGCAACCAAUCAUUCCCACAGGUAUUCCUGUCAAAGAAGGUAUGCCAUUGAAUCAACAUGAGAUGCAAUUACAGGCGUUCUAUAUGGCAGCUGUUGAAGCAGGUAUCCCAAAGGACAUUAUCAAUCUUUUACCACCGAAAGCUCUUCAGUGUAAUUGGUUACUACAGCAAGCAGCACAAGGAAGAAUACCUUUGUUACCUCAGCAACAGCAGCAGAUUCAGUACACACUAGAUGCGUAUAUCGGUAAUGCCAAAGCAACUCUAAAUAUGAAAAAGGAAGCAAUACCCUCCAGCAAGACGGACACUAGUACAACCGCAACUUUAGUCAAUGAUUCACUAGAUGCUAAACAAUUUGGUAGCUAUCUAAAAGAAGGAUACAAGGACGAAACUUUUGGAACACCCGAUCUUGGUAACCUGACCGAAUUGACCAGUGCAAUGAAGCAACAAGAAGACGAAGCAGCAACGACAGCAAUAAAACCCACAGAUGAAGAUAAUUUUCAUACCUGGGUUGAAACUGACUUGGAUAUUGGACUUGACUGGGAUGCUAAUGAGUUUGUAAAGUUUGACGACAAUGAAUCUGAAAAGUUAAUUGAUGACAGUGGGAAAUUGUGUGCUGUCUAG